AACUCUUGCGGGUCCCUAAUCCCUAUUGUUUGUUUUCAGAAGACUCAAAGUCAACCACCAAAAGAAGAAAUUAAGGACUAGAAAACACUGGAUACUAUAUAUAAAUUACCUAUCCAAUAUAAGCUGUGUGAUCACAAUAACUCAACCAAUCAACAUUUCCUACUUACCCAUCCAUGGGUUACUCCAUCAAGUUAGCCUUUCUUUGCCUCAUCUUCUUCUCUUCCUCUGCCUCUGGUAGUAGAGUAGAAGUGGUCCAUUCUCAGUUUUCAAGUGAAGCAGAGGCUCUCCUCAAAUGGAAAGCCACCCUCCCUAGCUACUCUCUUCCAGCUCUCAGUUCUUGGAAGCUCACACCACCAUCUCCCAACACCACCACCACUAAUACCACUACACCUUCAGCAGCAGCAGCAGCAAUCUCAUGCAAGUGGUUUGGUAUAACUUGCAACAGAGCCGGAAGCAUGGUUGAGAUUAGCCUUCCACACUUGGAGCUGCAAGGUACGCUUGACAACUUCCCCUUCUCUUCCUUUCCCAAUCUCCUCCGUCUCGAUCUCAGUGACAAUGGAAUCACAGGAACCAUACCAGUGCAUAUUGGUAGCCUCUCCAAACUCGCCCACCUCGAUCUCUCCUAUAAUAAUCUUUCCAACAUUCUACCUCCCUUGAGUAAUUUAAGCCGCUUGCGCUUCUUUUUCCUCCAUCACAACCAAAUCAAUGGCACAAUUCCUUUAGAGAUAGGGAAUAUGAAAAAUCUGGUUAAAUUGGCAUUAUGUUGGAAUGAAUUCACUGGUAUGAUCCCUCCAGUCUUGACUAAUUUAACCAACCUUAGCCUUCUAUACCUCAAUCACAAUGAACUCAAUGGUCCAAUACCUUCAAAAAUUGGAGAUAUGGAAAAUCUGGUUGUCUUAGAUCUAGCUUACAACAAGCUCUGCGGUCUAGUCCCUCAAUCUCUUGCUAAUUCAAGCAAACUAGAGAUUCUCUAUUUGCAUGAGAAUCAAUUGUCUGGUCCCUUACCUCAAGACUUAGGUGGCCAACCAUCCAUUGUUUCAAUCCAAUUGUCUAGCAACCUCUUAUCUGGAAGCUUACCACAACAAAUAUGCCGAGGAUCACUUCAAUAUUUAUCGGUUAGAAACAAUAGUCUCAUGGGUACUAUUCCAGACUUCAGAAAUUGCACAAGUUUGAGGAGACUUCGACUUGACAACAACCUACUAGUAGGAAAUAUAACUGGUAGUUUUGGUGUACAUCCACAUCUUUAUUACAUUGAUGUGAGCCACAAUAGAUUAUAUGGAGAGCUCUCACCAAAAUGGGGAGAAUGUAAGAAUUUGUCUGGGAUAAAGAUUUCUGGGAAUAAUAUUAGUGGGAAUAUACCACCUGAGUUUGGUCACUUAACAGAACUUGGACUACUUGACCUUUCUUUCAACAAACUUGUUGGAGAAAUACCAAAGGCACUUGGUGGUUUAUCCUCUUUGCUCAGCUUGUAUUUAAAUGACAACCAGAUUUCAGGGCAUGUACCAGUUGAAAUAGGAAAUUUAAUCAAUUUGGAGGAUCUAGACCUAUCAGCAAAUAGGCUAAUUGGAUCAAUCCCGAAACAGCUUGGUCAAUGCUCCAAACUGUUGUCAUUAAAUUUGAGUUGGAAUUCAUUGGAUGGAAGCAUUCCAUCUCAAAUCGGUGAUCUUGUAUUCCUCCAAGAUCAAUUGGACCUUAGUCAUAACUCAAUCAGUGGACUGAUACCACCAGAGCUUGCAAAGUUGAGGAUGUUGGAAAUUUUGAAUCUAUCCCAUAAUAUGAUCACAGGCUCGAUACCGCUCUCUCUUGAAGAGAUGGUUAGUUUAGUAUCUCUUGAUUUCUCCUAUAAUGAGUUGGAGGGUGUUGUUCCUAAUAAUAGGAUUUUCAAAAAUGCUUCACCUCAAGCAUUUAGAAACAACAAAGGGUUAUGUGGUGAACUUCAAGGCCUACUCCCUUGUCCUCGGCCUCAGACAAGCAAUAGGUCGGGAAAAAAAGGACCCAAAUUCUUCAUAUCCAUCAUUGCUUCAUUGAUAGGAAUAGUGUUUCUUGCUUAUGCGAUUAUUGGUGUCCUCAUCCUCUUGCGAGAAAAAGUGAAAAAAGAAAAUAUAGAAGCAACAAGAGGAAAUCAUGGUAAUAUAUUUUCAAUAUGGAGUUACAAUGGCAAUAUUGCUUAUGAGGACAUGAUAGAAGCAACGGAGAAUUUUGAUGCCAAAUAUUGUAUUGGAACUGGAACUUAUGGGAGUGUUUACAAAGCAGUACUACCUACAGGACAUGUAGUAGCCUUGAAGAAGUUCCAUCCAUUGGAAGGUGAGAUUAUAGUUGAUGAAGAAAGCUUUGGGAAUGAAAUACGCAUACUAAUAGAUAUAAGGCAUCGGAACAUUGUCAAACUUUAUGGGUUUUGCUCUCAUCCACAAUGCAUGUUUCUUGUUUAUGAAUACAUGGAAAAAGGAAGCUUAGCAAGUAUUUUGAGUAAUCAAGCUGAGGCUAUGGGGUUGGAUUGGCUGAAAAGAGUAAAUGUUAUCAAAAGUGUGGCCAAUGCUUUGUCUUACUUGCAUCAUGAUUGUGUUCCACCAAUAAUUCAUCGGGAUAUUUCAAGCAAAAAUAUAUUACUAGACGUGGAACUUGAGGCUCGUGUGUCUGAUUUUGGCAUUGCAAGACUACUAAAGCCAGACUCAUCCAAUUGGAUAUCACUUAAAGGAACUCAUGGAUAUAUUGCUCCAGAACUUGCCUACACCAUGGCUUUAACUGAGAAGUGUGAUGUAUAUAGUUUUGGAGUAGUGGCAUUAGAAACAAUUAUGGGAAGGCAUCCAGGGGAACUCAUUUCAUCUUUAUCAUCACUAGCGGGCCAAAAGAUGCUAUUAAGGGAUGUGUUAGACCCAUGCCUCACCUUUCCAUCAUAUCAAAAGGUUGCAAAGGAUAUGCUAGCUGUUGUGAGAGUAGCCCUCGCAUGUUUACGCAAUCACCCACAAUCCCGCCCAACUAUGCAUCAAGUAUCGAAAGAGCUACUUGUUCCCCGAUCAUCAUUUGUGGAGCAUUUUCAUACAAUUACUCUAGGUGAUCUAGAUGACGUUGAAGUACUGUAAGUGUAUGAAUUAAUAGGAUAUCUCUAUUAUGUAUUGGAUAUUAAUUUUUCUUGGAUCAUCUCCCUUUAGUUGCUUUAUGUAAGAAUAUUUUAUUCUAUUUGCAUAUGUUGAAAAUUUUAUAACUCAAA